GUAGUCGCGGCUCUCAUCUGCUGUCAGUUGACGAACAUUUCAUUUUAAGAUGUAGAUAUUUGUUUGUUUUAAUAUUAAACGAAUAAUGUCUUCGAAAGGGACUUCGCGAGGUUUUUAUUUUAAUACUGUUCUGUCUCUCGCGCGCUCUCUGGCUGCUCAUCGACCCGCUCCGAUUGACAAGGUCCAGAAGCUACAAUGCAUGUGUCCUGUGGACAUCCGUGGUGUUUUCCAGCUGGAUGAGCGGAGGAGAGAUGCUGUGAUCGCCCUCGGCAUCUUCCUGGUGGAGUCUGAGCUGCAGCAUAAGGACACAAUUGUCCCGUACUUGUUGGUUUUGCUGAAGGGAUUACCCAGGGUGCAAUGGAUCGAGGAGAGCUCAGAGAGGAAAGGACGAGAAACGCUUCCCAUUGCGGAGAAUUUCUCCUUCUGCUUGGUGACGAUGCUCUCAGACGUUGCUCAAAUGGACGAGUCCAUGCGAAUCCAGAUUUUGGAGGCUGUGAUGAACCUCAUGCAGGUGCUUCAGGAAAUGUGUCAGAACAUCGAAGGCCAAGAUAAAGAAUACCUGUGUAAAUACACUGUGCCCUGUCUGCUCGGCUUGGUGCGAGCGUUUGGCCGCUACAGCAACACAGAGGAGCCGCUGCUGUCUAAACUCUUCCCUCGGGUCAGUCCUCAGCCCUUGGGCACAGGAGACGGGGAGGAAGUGACCCGACGACGAUCCUUUAAUGAUUUCCGCUCCAUUCUACCCAGCUCGCUCCUCACCGUCUGCCAGAGCGACACUUUACGCCAUAAAACCAGCAGCAUUUCCAGCAUCUCGCAACAGGCCAGUCCAGAACGUGCUGGACUUCCUCCGAGUUCUCCUUCUGACCCUUCUGCUCCUUAUUUUGAAGCUGGCUCGUAUCUGCCGGAUGGCAGCGCUGUGGACCCCGACUACUACUUCUCCACCAUAAGCUCCAGUUUCUCCGUCUCACCGCUCUUCACGGGCAGCAACAGUAAAGGGUUUGAUGCACCACUGGAUUUACUGACACAGCUUCUGCAAAUGGUCGAGCAGUUUGUGUCAGAAUCCUUUAUGAAGACACUGGAUCAGACUAUGGUUGAAGUCCUGGAGGUCAAUGCUUCAGUGAAUCUGUACUACAAGACAUUCAGUGAUCCGCUGUAUGUGGCCAUCUUUAAAAUGCUGAGGGACACUUUAUACUACAUGAAAGACCUGCAGGUGUCGUUCGUGAAGGAGGUCCAUGAUUUUGUUCUGGAGCAGUUCAGCAGCAGUCAGUCUGAGCUGCAGAGGAUCCUGCAUGACGUGGAGUAUCUGCACAGCGAGCUGAACCCGCUCAAACUGCGCUGCCAGGCCAACGCUGCCUGCGUGGACCUCAUGGUGUGGGCCGUCACGGAGGAGCAGGGUGCGGAAAACCUCUGCACAAAACUCUCCGAGAAGCUGCAGUCCAAGACGUCCAGUAAGGUCAUCAUUGCUCACAUGCCUCUGCUCAUCUGCUGCUUACAGGGUCUCGGACGGCUGUGUGAGCGUUUCCCUGUGGUGGCUCAUUCAGUCACCAUGUCUCUAAGAGAUUUCCUAGUGGUCCCUUCACCUGUACUAGUGAAGCUCUACAAGUACCACAGUCAAUACAACACAGGAACAGGAGAGAUCAAGAUCAAUGUGACCAAUGAACAUUCCCAGUCCACCUUCAGUUCUCACUCCAGUAAGAAGAGCCAGCCGUCCAUGUAUGAGCAGCUCCGAGACAUUUCCAUUGACAAUAUAUGCAGGUGUUUAAAAGCAGGGUUGUGCAUGGACUCAGUCAUCGUUGAGGCUUUCCUCGCCAGUCUUUCCAACCGUCUUUACAUCUCGCAGGAAAAUGACAAGGACGCCCACCUCAUCCCCGAUCACACCAUACAAGCAUUAGGGCACAUCGCCGUGGCUCUGAGAGACACUCCCCGCGUGAUGGAGCCCAUCCUACAGAUCCUGCAGCAGAAGUUCUGCCAGCCGCCGUCCCGGCUCGACGUUCUCAUCAUAGAUCAGCUGGGCUGUAUGGUCAUCACAGGAAACCAAUACAUUUAUCAGGAAGUUUGGAACUUGUUCCAGCAGAUUAGUGUGAAGGCCAGCUCGAUGGUAUACUCCACCAAAGACUACAAGGAUCAUGGAUACAGACACUGUUCUCUGGCCGUGAUCAACGCGCUGGCCAACAUCGCAGCCAACCUGCAGACAGAGCAGAUGGUGGAUGAGCUGCUCGUGAAUCUGCUAGAGCUGUUUGUGCAGCUGGGGCUGGAGGGGAAACGAGCCAGCGAAAGAGCCAGUGAGAAGGGCCCGGCCCUCAAGGCAUCCAGCAGCGCUGGGAAUUUAGGAGUUCUCAUUCCUGUCAUUGCUGUGCUGACCAAACGUUUGCCGCCCAUAAAAGAGGCCAAACCGAGACUGCAGAAGCUGUUCAGAGAUUUCUGGCUGUAUUCAGUUGUGAUGGGCUUCGCUGUCGAGGGCUCAGGUUUGUGGCCGGAGGAGUGGUAUGAGGGAGUGUGUGAGAUCGCAACCAAAUCCCCCCUGCUGACGUUUCCAAGCGGAGAACCGCUGCGCUCAGAACUGCAGUAUAACUCUGCCCUGAAGAACGACACGGUCACUCCGGCCGAGCUGAAUGAUUUGAGAGGCACCAUCAUUAACCUGCUGGAUCCUCCGCCGGAAGUCGCUGCGCUCAUCAAUAAACUGGACUUUGCCAUGUCCACCUACCUGCUGUCUGUCUACCGUCUGGAGUACAUGAGGGUGUUACGCUCACUGGAUUCUGAUCGUUUCCAAGUCAUGUUUCGAUACUUUGAGGACCGAGCGAUCCAGAAGGAUAAAUCAGGAAUGAUGCAGUGUGUCAUUGCGGUGGGUGACAAGGUCUUUGAUGUCUUUCUUCAGAUGAUGGCUGACAAGGAAAAGACCAAAGCCCAUGAGGAGGAGUUAGAAAAUCAUGCUCAGUUCCUGUUGGUCAACUUCAACCACAUUCACAAGAGAAUCCGAAGAGUGGCUGACAAAUAUCUGUCAGGACUUGCUGAGACUUUUCCGCACUUGUUGUGGAGCGGUCGUGUCCUGAAGACGAUGCUGGAUAUAUUACAGACCUUGUCUCUUUCACUCAGCGCUGACAUCCACAAAGACCAGCCGUAUUAUGACAUACCAGACACCCCGUAUCGCAUCACAGUGCCGGAUACAUACGAGGCCAGAGAGAGCAUAGUGAAAGACUUUGCUGCUCGUUGUGGAGAAAUCCUAAAAGAGGCCAUGAAAUGGGCGCCAUCGGUCACCAAAUCUCACCUACAGGAGUACCUGAAUAAGCAUCAGAACUGGGUGUCGGGUCUGUCUCAGCACACGGGUCUGGCGAUGGCCACUGAGAGCCUCCUGCACUUUGCUGGAUACAACCGUCAGAGCACCAGUCUGGGUACCACUCAGCUCACAGAGAGACCAACAUGCGUGAAGAAAGACUACUCCAACUUCAUGGCCUCCCUCAACCUGAGAAACCGCUAUGCCGGAGAGGUGGCAGGGAUGAUCCAUUUCUCUGAGGCCACGCAGAGCACGUCGAAUCUGAAUAAACUGAUGAUUCGUCAGAUGAAUGAAGCUCUGGACGGAGGCCAGCCAGAAGCCUUCACUGAAGCCAUGUUCAAAAUGGCUGCGCUGUUGAUCAGCUCAAAAGAAUGGGAUCCUCAGCUGCUGCAUCAACUGUGCUGGUCUCCAUUAAAGAUGUUCACUGAGAAUGGCAUGGAAACAGCUAUUGCCUGCUGGGAAUGGCUCCUGGCUGCAAGGACAGGCGUUGAAGUCCCGUUCAUGCGGGAGAUGGCAGGUGCGUGGCAGAUGACCGUCGAGCUGAAGAUGGGGCUGUUCUCCGACACCCAGGUGGAGGCGGAUCCCCUGGCGGCCUCAGAGGAAAGCCAGCCCGUCCCCUGCCCGCCCGACGUCACGCCCCACUACACCUGGAUUGAGUUUCUGGUCCAGCGUUUUGAGAUCGCCAAGUACAGCAGUGCUGAUCAGGUGGAGAUUUUCGGCACUCUUCUGCAAAGGUCUCUAUCUCUCAAUGUUGGCAGCCCAAAAAGCAGCCUGAACCGCCAUGUGGCGGCCAUUGGACCACGCUUCAGGUUGUUGACACUCGGACUUGCCCUCCUGCAUUCUGACGUAGUGACCAACGCCACCAUCCGUAACGUCCUGCGGGAAAAGAUUUACUCCACCGCCUUCGAUUAUUUCAGCGUCGCUUCAAAGUUCCCCACUCAGGGAGACAAGCGUCUGCGCGAGGACAUCAGCAUCAUGAUCCGCUUCUACGCCAGCAUCCUCUCCGAUAAGAAGUACCUAGCUGCUAGUCAGCUCGUGCCACCUGACAACCAGGAUCCGUCCCUGAACAGUUUGUCGGUGAUGAACGCCACCGACCCGAGGAACAACAUGGACAUGACCAUGGGUUCCCGUCAGCAGAGCGCUCAGGGCUGGAUUAACACCUACCCCCUGUCCAGCGGGAUGUCCACCACCUCCAAGAAGUCAGGCAUGUCCAAAAAGAGCAACCGAGGCACCCAGUUGCACAAGUACUACAUGAAGCGCAGGACGUUACUGUUGGCAUUACUGGCCAGUGAGAUCGAGCGACUGACCACUUGGUACAACCCGCUAUCAACGCAGGAGUUGGCCAUCGCCACAGAGCAGUCGGUAGAGACCAGCAUCUCUAACUGGAGAUCCAAAUACAUCAACCUGAGUGAGAAACAGUGGAAGGUCAACGUCAACUUGGCCUGGAGUAUCGCUCCGUAUCUGGCCAUGCAGCUUCCAGCUAGGUUCAAAAAUGCAGACGCCAUCGUGGCUGAAGUGACCCGUCUGGUUCGACUGGAUCCUGGCGCUGUCAGCAAUGUGCCGGAGGCAGUCAAGUUCCUGGUGACGUGGCACACCAUUGAUGCUGAUUCUCCAGAGCUGAGCCACAUCCUGUGCUGGGCUCCUGCAGAUCCUCCCACCGGCCUCUCGUACUUCUCCAGCAUGUACCCUCCUCAUCCGCUCACCGCUCAGUAUGGAGUCAAAGUCCUGCGCUCCUUCCCUCCUGACGCCAUUUUAUUUUACAUUCCUCAAAUCGUUCAAGCGCUGCGGUUUGACAAGAUGGGUUACGUGCGCGAGUACAUCCUGUGGGCGGCACAGAAGUCCCAGCUCCUCGCUCAUCAGUUCAUAUGGAACAUGAAGACCAACAUCUAUCUGGACGAGGAGGGCCAACAGAAAGAUCCGGACAUCGGUGAGCUUCUGGAGCAGAUGGUGGAGGAGAUCACACACUCUCUGUCAGGCCCCGCUAAAGACUUCUACCAGCGCGAGUUUGACUUCUUCAACAAGAUCACCAAUGUCUCCGCCAUUAUCAAGCCUGUUCCUAAAGGAGAUGAGAGGAAGAGAGCGUGUCUGAAGGCGCUGUCAGAAAUCAAAGUUCAGCCAGGAUGCUAUUUGCCAAGCAAUCCAGAAGCUAUCGUUCUCGAUAUCGACUACAAGUCAGGAACACCUAUGCAGAGCGCUGCUAAAGCUCCUUAUUUGGCAAAAUUCAAAGUGAAGAGGUGUGGAGUUAGCGAGCUUGAAAAAGAGGGUCUGCGCUGCCCGUCAGACUCUCAGGAUGAAGGUGAGGAGAACUCAGAGACGGCUCAAAAGGUCUGCUGGCAGGCGGCCAUCUUUAAAGUGGGUGAUGAUUGCAGACAGGACAUGCUUGCCCUUCAGAUCAUCGGUCUCUUCAAGAACAUUUUCCAGCUGGUGGGUUUGGACCUGUUCGUGUUCCCGUACCGGGUGGUGGCCACUGCUCCUGGAUGUGGCGUGAUUGAAUGUAUUCCGGACUGUAAGUCCCGCGAUCAGCUCGGUCGGCAGACUGACUUUGGCAUGUACGACUACUUCAGGAACCAGUACGGGGACGAGUCCACACUGGCCUUCCAGAAGGCUCGGUAUAACUUCAUCCGCAGUAUGGCCGCAUACAGUCUGCUGCUCUUCCUGUUACAAAUCAAAGACAGACACAACGGUAACAUCAUGCUGGACAGCAAAGGCCACCUCAUCCACAUCGACUUCGGCUUCAUGUUUGAGAGUUCUCCGGGGGGUAAUCUGGGCUGGGAGCCCGACAUCAAGCUGACCGACGAGAUGGUGAUGAUCAUGGGCGGCAAGAUGGAGGCCACACCCUUUAAAUGGUUCAUGGAGAUGUGUGUGCGCGGAUACCUGGCUGUAAGGCCGUACAUGGAUGCUGUCGUAUCUCUGGUGACAUUAAUGCUGGACACGGGGCUGCCGUGCUUCAGAGGACAGACUAUCAAACUCCUGAAGCAAAGGUUCAACCCCAACAUGAGUGAGAAGGAAGCCGCGGCCUUCAUGAUUAAAGUCAUCGAGCGCUGCUUCCUCAGUAGCAGGAGCAAAACCUACGAUAUGCUGCAAUACUACCAGAACCAGAUCCCAUACUGAGACCAUUAUCACUGAGACUGAGGUCAUUAUCAGUCUAUUACAAUCCUUUAUGACGAGCACUUUAUAGAUCGGAAUAAGUCACCUGCUCUGAUUGGCCCUGAUGGCGGUGUCCAGGCGUGUCACUUCCUGUCCGGCUGCCUCAGGGCCUCUCUAGUGAUCCACUGUAGUCCAAACGCUGCAUGUUUGUCCUCUGAUCUCCCUUUAAGGCAUCUGCCAUGACCGUUUGUGUGUGAAUUUUGACAUUCCAUGCGUAGAAAUACAUCCUUUAACUCUACUUGAAUCUCUGGGUUUAGUCGCGUCACCCAGAAAGCCAUUUCUAAGACUACGGCACAGAUUGCACUGUAGAUUACGUGCCGUCAGCAAAUGACCUGUGUUAUGCAAUACAUCAGUGUUUGUAUGUUGUAUCUCGUCGUGUUCGGCACUGAAUGGGUGAAUCUCAUGAAAGCUGUCAAGUAUGAUUAUUAUAGUUUUGCAAGAAAAUUGUCUAUUUUUAGGACUGUUAGAUUUUUUGCAUUGUGACUGUGCGUAGCACAUUUUUAAACAAUUUCUU